UUGGAGACCAUCAAUUCGGCAGUCGAGACCGUCGAAUUGACUAAUCUAGUUGCAGUUUGCAGUUGCCAACCGCAGCGCUCUGGUUGGCUGUUGAACAGCUUGCCACGAGGCAUGUCAUAAGGGUCUUCUACUUAAGCUCAUCCCAUCUGUUUGUUAUCAGCUCUUUUUUUUUCACGCCCACAUAUUUCUGUUGCUCGGAAUAUCGACUCAAUCAAUUCCCUCACCGCUUUAGAUAUCUUUCAAGCUUUCCCAUUUCAAUUGUUGAUCCAUAGCAAUCAUGGUGGCCGACGAUAAGCCCGCAUCGACCUUCAAGUACAACGAGAAGCCGGUCUACACCACUUCCAAUGGCUGCCCCGUUGAGAGUCCGGAGGCGUACCAACGAGUGGGCCAGAAUGGCCCUCUCUUGCUUCAGGAUUUCCACUUGAUUGAUCUGCUCGCCCAUUUCGAUCGUGAGCGCAUUCCGGAGCGAGUAGUCCAUGCAAAGGGUGCCGGAGCAUACGGAGAAUUCGAGGUUACGCACGAUAUUAGCGAUAUCACGUCCAUUGACAUGCUCCUCGACGUUGGCAAAAAGACUCCCUGCAUCGCUCGUUUCUCAACAGUCGGUGGCGAAAAGGGUUCCCCAGAUACUGCAAGAGACCCUCGAGGUUUCUCUGUCAAAUAUUACACUCAGGAGGGCAACUGGGACUGGGUCUUUAAUAACACGCCGGUCUUCUUCAUCCGCGAUCCUACCAAGUUCCCUCUCUUCAUCCACACCCAGAAGCGCAACCCACAAACCAACCUUAAGGAUGCCACAAUGUUCUGGGAUUAUCUCUCCACACACCAGGAGGCUACUCACCAAGUCAUGACCCUCUUCAGCGACCGUGGUACCCCAUUCUCCUACCGGCACAUGAAUGGAUAUUCUGGUCACACCCACAAGUGGACAAAGCCCGACGGAACCUUCAAUUACGUCCAAGUGCACGUGAAGACCGACCAGGGCAACAAGAACUUCACCAAUGCUGAAGCCGGCAAAAUGGCAUCAGAAAACCCAGAUCACAAUACCCAAGACCUGUUCGACUCCAUUCAGAAGGGCGAUUUCCCAAGCUGGACCUGCUACGUACAAGUUCUCUCUCCCGAGCAGGCUGAGAAAUUCCGCUGGAACAUCUUCGAUUUAACCAAGGUCUGGCCUCACAAGGAGGUCCCAUUACGACCAUUCGGCAAAAUGACACUCAACAAGAACGUGGAGAACUACUUCGCCGAGAUCGAACAGGUCGCAUUUUCUCCCAGUCACAUGGUUCCAGGUGUUGAGCCAUCUGCCGAUCCAGUCCUCCAAGGUCGUCUUUUCUCAUACCCCGAUACCCAACGUCACCGCCUCGGUGUCAACUACCAGCAAAUUCCCGUCAACGCUCCUCUCCAAGCAUUCAACCCAUAUCAGCGUGAUGGUGUAAUGGCCGUGAAUGGAAACUACGGAGCGAACCCCGGCUACCCAUCUUCAUACCGUGGCAUGACAUACAAACCCGUUAAGCCCACCAACGACCACGAGAAGUGGGCCGGCGCAGCAGUCUCCUACUUGUCAGAAGUCACUAGUGAAGAUUUCGUCCAAGCCAAGGGUCUCUGGGACGUUCUCGGUAAGCAAGAAGGUCAACAGGAUAACUUUGUCGGAAAUGUGGCUGGUCAUUUGUGUGCGGCGAAGGAGGAUACUCGCAAGCGGACUUAUGAGAUGUUUAGCAAGGUUGACAAAGAGCUUGGCGCCCGUAUUGCGCAAGAGACGGAGAAGCUGGCUCUUGCACCGAUAAGUCAAGCUGCUGGGUCUGCUCAGUCUCAUCUUUAGAUCAGGAGAUGAUUGUAUAAUUAUGUUUUGUGGAUUCGUACUUAAGCGGCAUGUGCGGAGAGAAUAGGGGAUGAAGCAGCCUUAUAAUAGUGGUUUAGUUAGCGGUGGAAAUGACAUACCC